ACCUAAACUCUUAACAAACCUAAAAGCAUACCAAAUCGACGGCGACAGGGUAAAGAACUUUAAGAAGAGUAGUAGUCUUUCAGACCGCAGAUCUCUCUCUCUCUCUCUCUCUCUCUCUCUCUUCUACUUUUGCUCGAUGGCACCGAAGGACAAGAUCGCGAACCCUCCCGUUGCAUCUUCCAGCGAAGAGGAAGAAGAAGAAGAAGAAGAGUCUGGUUCAUCUGUAGAAGAAUCCAACUCUUCCGAUGACGAAGCCGGCGAUGUCCAGUCCAAACUCACUCAGAAACCUGUUGCCCCUCCUCCUGCUGCCAAGAAGCCUGAAUCCGACUCCGAAGAAGAAUCAGAAUCCGACUCAGACUCCGAGCCCGCGACCAAAACUAAGCCUCUCAACGCUGUCGUGACCAAACCGAUCCCACCUGAGAGCUCUACGGCGAAGCGCUCUCUGAAGCAAGCGGAUAACGAGCCUAAGAAGAAGGCGAAGACAUCAACCACCACCGAGCAAGCCAAGAAGAAGCCUUCAGGAGCUGAUGAAGAGGUCAAGAAGAUAUCAGGAGAAGAAGCCAAGAAGAUGUUUCAGAGGCUGUUCAGCGAGACUGACGAAAUCGCGAUGCUUCAAGGCUUUCUUGACUUCACUUCCACUAAAGGAGACCCUUCCGAGAACAUGGACGCCUUCUGCGAUUACGUCAAGACGUUGAUCGACUUCAACGCCUCCAAAGCUCAGAUCGUUACGAAGCUCCAGAGGUGUAAGAAGAAGUUUGUGAAUAUAGUGAAGAACUCGCUCAAGAGAGGGAAGACUGAAGAUCAGAUCACGUAUGCUAAAGAUCUUGAGCAGAGAACCUUCGAGUUGUCGAGAAAGAUUUGGGGGAGUGAUGGUGUGCUUCCUGCUAAACCGAGGAAGAAGUCGAAAGAGGUUGAGGUAGUUUCAACGCCCAAGAAAAAAGCAGAGGUGGAAACGCAGAAGAAGGUGAGCGUUGUGGAGAAUCAUCAUCUCUCGGAGAGUAGAGAGAUGGCUUUGUUCUUCAAGGCGGAGAAUGGGAGUGUUUUGGGUUUGGAUGAGUCUAGUGUAAGUGGGGUUUGGGAUAUGGUUGAGGAUGGGCCGAAGAAGAGGGAGAUGGAGGAGAAGCUGAAGAAGCUAAAGGCUAAGCAGAUGGAGCUGUGUUUGCAGAGAACUGCACUCGUGGACUACACUGCAAAGAUGAUAUUCAAAAACAAUGCAUCCUCCUCCUCUUCAUGUUGAGCUAUUUUGAUGGUUUGUUUUUUUUUACUUUUUUUUUUUAGCUUGUUGAGCUAAUAAUCCCUAUCGCAAGUCUUUUAUGUCUCUAUGUUGGAUGCUUUGGUUUUGGUUUUGGGUAUAAGACCCUUUAUAAAUGAAUUAUUGUUUCUAUUGUUA